GAGAGCCUUGUUCCAGGGCCUCCGGGUGGGGCCUCCUGAAAAAAGGGGCUGUAGCCAAUGUGCUGAGCCCUGGGGGUGAGCAGGUGCCAUGCCAGCUGCUCUUGACUUUAUGCCCAGAUGUGGGGUGGGCUACCAGUCACUCUCCAGCUACCAUUGUUCCUGGAACCUCCUCUUGCACCCUGAGGCUCUGGAGUGGGGACUUUUCCAGGACUCAGCAGGCAGCAACCACAUCUUCCUGGACUGGGGGUGGCUGGGAGUAUGGGAAGGCCCCUGGAAUCCAGACCCUGGAGUCAGCUGUGGCCCUCAGGCCCCUACCCUUGGCCUGGUUCACUCUGGGUUCUCAGCACCAGGGGCAGGGAGUGGAGCGCCUGGUUCCCCAGCACCCAGCUGGUGGGUGGGGUCCAGACAAACCUGCUGGCACGGGCUUAAUGUUUAACCAGCCCCAACCCCGGGCCCAGCUCACUGAUAUUGGUGCCUGCUGACCCAGACUAUGCAGAAUGGGGCUGCUGGAACUUCCUGGAGGGGAUGCCUACAAGGAUGUCUGGUUACCAUGGAAACCAAGUCAGACCUGUCAAGGCCUGGAGAACAAAUCUGGGCAUUCCCUGAUCCCCCACAUCACCCUGGGCCCCAGUGGCCCUUCUGCGAUGUGAGGGCCUUGGCUGAGAGGGGUCCCAGUCCUCCAGAGGUACCCCCAUCCUAACUUCCCCUAGCAGGAUUGAUGGUCCUGCUGGGUAUCCCACCGGCUCUGCUGGCUCUGCUGCCCAGUGACUGGCCUCGGGACAUUCCUUAGCUUUGAGACAACUUACCUUCUGCAUCAGAGGGGAAACUUAGGCAGAGAGGACCACUGCCCUCCAUCCGCUAGUAUCAGGAUGGGUUCCAUUGGUUGUGUGUAUAGGACACUGGUCUAGGCCCCAAAUUAGGAACUGGGCCUGGCCAAAGUCCCAGAGACUCCUUGGUGCCUGGCAGUGGUGGUUUGGGGAGCAACCCCAGCCCCGAUUCUGUAUCCAAAGCAAGUGAGACUGGCCAAGUCCAUCCCAGGUCUCCUCAACCCCAGCAGCCCCUCUGUGCCCUGGUGACAAGCCAGAGGUUGGACAUGGGGGGAGUGACUGUCUUCUGGGUCAGGCACUUACUCUGUCCUGCCUUCUGGCUCUGCUGUCUCGGGCUAUAGGUUGGCAUGUCAGGGUUUCGGAGGGCAGACCUGAUACGCGGGGAGAGGUGGGUGGCCAGCAUCCUUUGCUGCUCCUGAGCCAGAGAGAGACCUGAGCCCCCACCCUCUGGGGCUCCCAGUCUGGACAGCGGCUUGCUCUGGGGCACUGGGACCAGAGGUGGGAUGUGGAGGGCUGCACAGCCCAGCCCAGGAGCGCUCCGGGCUCCGGACAGUCAGGGUCAGUUUCCGUACAGAGGCCGGGCUCGGGCUGGAGAAUGGACUCUGGGGAGUGGGUGGGGCAGGGAAGUUCCGAUAAAUCUUCGGACUGUUUAUCUUCCUGGUUCUGACCCUGGCAGUUGGGAGGAAGGGCUUACCCAGAACAAUGGCCAGGGCCAGGCCUAGCCAGCUCCUGGCGUGGGGGAGGGGUGCCUGGGACAGUGCUGCCUCUGUGAAGGGCCGUGACCUCAACCUGCCUCUGCUUCCUUCCUUCCCAGAUGGGGCCACCUGUCCUGGGAGCCUGGACUGUGCCCUGAAGAGGCGGGCACGGUGCCCCCCAGGUGCUCACAUCUGUGGGCCCUGCCUUCAGCCCUUCCGGGAGGACCAUCACGGGCUCUGUGUGCCCAGGGUGCACCGGCCUCUGGGGGAGGGCCCACCCCAGCCCAGACUGGAAGAUGAGAUUGACUUCCUGGCCCAGGAGCUAGCCCGGCAGGAAGCAGGGCGCUGGCAGCUCACAGCCCUGUCCCAGCCAGAGGCGCCCCAUCAGCUCCUGGAGCCUGCAGCCACCCUGGGGCUCUCAGAGAGAGGCCAGGGUCCCGACCUGGGCCUCCCCUCCACUCGGGGAGCCCCCACGCCCACGCCCCGCACCUCCUUGGGUUCUCCUGUGUCGUCUGGGCCCGUGCACAUGUCUCCCCUGGAGCCCCGGGGUGGGCACGCCGAUGGCCUCGCCCUCGUGCUCAUCCUGGCGUGCUCUGUGGCCGGCGUGGCCGCUCUCUCAGUGGCUGCUUUCUGCUGGUGCAGGCUCCAGCGAGACAUCCGUCUGACCCAGAAGGCUGACUACGCGGCCCCGCAGGUGUCUGGCUCCCCCACGACACCCAGGAUCUCGCCGGGGGACCAGCGGUUGGCACACAGCGCCGAGGUGUACCACUACCAGCACCAGCGGCAGCAGAUGCGGUGCCUAGAGCGGCAUAAAGAGCCUCCCAAGGAGUUGGACUCGGCCUCCUCCGAUGAGGAGAGCGAAGACGGCGACUUCACGGUGUACGAGUGCCCGGGCCUGGCCCCGACUGGGGAGAUGGAGGUCCGCAACCCGCUGUUCGACCAGUCCUCGCUGUCUGCACCCCUGCCAGCUCCCCCGCAGUGACCCGAAGGGUGAUGCCCACCCUCGGAGGACCCCACCAUCCACGGGUGGGGAGCCAGGGACCCGCGUUUCCCAAUAAAGAGACCGCGUUCUGAUC